CGACGCGCUUUGAAAACAAUCUGACGACCCGGUAUUAAUUUGCACAGGAUACACGUUAACAUCAUUCACCGUUGUAUGGUUUGUUUCUCUAAGUUUACUUUCUUUACCAAUGGAUGAUGGCAAGACCUGUCGACGCCUUAAGGAUCGCCCAGCUCGAUGCCCGGCAACUAGACCAAGAACUCGUGUCACUUGUCCGAAAUCAAAUCGGCCGAAUAUUUGAAUACAACCAGUUGUCUUUGUUAACGAAACUGGAUCCAGAGAUAACAGCCUUACUCAAGUUUGUGAUAUGGAGAUUCUCCGUGUUUGCGACUGGCGCUUCGGUCGGCCAGCAGCUCCUCCGGCUCACCUAUGCCAAUGCCAGGGCCAAAGACAAAACCAAUCCUUGGAUGUCGAAGAAGCAGAAGCUACUCCACGGCUUCAUUCUGAUCAUAAUUCCUUGGCUCAAAGAACGGCUGAACUUGACCAUCGACAGUUUGGGUCUGUCCACGUCCAAGACUAAGGAAAAGAUCAACAAAUACCUCCAGUGGUGUGAGAAAUCCCUCAAAAUCGCUGCCCUCAUCAACUUUGCUCUCUUUCUGCAAUCUGGUUGUUAUUCGUCUCUCACUGAGCGAGUGUUGGGGAUUCGCUCAGUCCACCCACAAAAGCAACUCAUACGACAGGUCUCCUUUGAUUAUUUAACACGAGAGAUAUUAUGGCAUGGAUUCUCAGAGUUUUUAUUCUUCCUUCUACCCUUAGUGAAUUUCCGUCGUAUGAAAAGUAUCCUAACGUACUACCUUCUGCCUCAGCCGCCGCCAGCUCAACCCAGUUCUCCAGACUCUCGGACAAUGGCAGAAUUAACCAAUUGUGCUAUAUGUGAUCUGGUUCCUCAAAAUCCACAUCAGAUUGGUUGUAGUCAUGUGUUCUGUUACUAUUGUAUUUCGAGUAAUUUUUUAGCUGAUCCUCGUUAUGUGUGUCCAGUCUGUAAAAAAGCUGUGUUAGAUUUCACUCUGAUUUCUCCAGUUGACCUCACGGAGGAAUCUUCAUAACAUCUCCGAGUCAAAUUGGUUAAGAAAAUAAACAAACAAAAAAAAAAUCCCAACAAGAAACCCAACAAAAAAAACCCCCCCAAAAUCCUCCAAUUUUUUUUUUUUUUAAUGAAAUUUUCUCCUGGUUGUUUAUAUGCAACAAAAACACUGUUUUAUGUUUCACAUGGCUGCAACACAGAAAUAAAAUUUAAUUUUCUGAUCUCCUAAAGACAUCAUAAACUUUACAUUUUGGUCACAGAACCUAAUCUGAUCUUUUUGCCCCCCUGCUGCUCAAAGUCACCCCCUCCCAUUAUAUUUAAUUACCGUUAGAAAUUUUUUUCUCAUUGACUGCUGAUGUUUAACCCUUUAGCAUUUAAACUGGUUGUAUUUGGCUCAAAUAUUCUACUUGUUUUAUGUCCAGAUCUGGCCUCUUGCACCUACCUUACAAUGCCAUUCUAAAAAGUAAAACAAUCACAUCAUUGAAACCUCAAAGCUAUGAGAUAAUCUAGGAUUAAUUUGACUGAGUAAUCUGAAUGCUAAAGAUAUAAGAUUAAUGAUGUCUACCUCAGUAAUAUAUGUGUAUAUUGAAUAUUUUACUUGUUUUAUGGUAAAAGUGACCAGAUCUGGCCUCUCACACCUGCCCUACAAUGUCAUUCUGAAAGUAAAACAAUCACAUCAUUGAAAUCUCUAAGCUGUGAGAUAAUCCAGGAUUAAUUCAAAACAAUGUCAAUAAGUAAGAAUUACAUUUGACAGAGUAAUUUGAAUGCUAAAAGGGUUAAUGUAAAACACGGUAGAUUCUCUUGAACCUGUGACUAUUUCUACAUGUAAUUGUGUGUGUGUGUGUGUGUGUGUGCGUGCACAUGUGUGCGUGCACAUGUGUGCAUGUGUGUUGUUUGAAGAGAGAUAAAAAAGACAGAAAUGUUAAUUCUGUACAUUUGCUUUUGGCAAAGUGCUCAACUCAGAUAAUCUUACAUUCCGGUUUCAAAGCUUGUGCUGCUGAUUUUUUUUAUUUAUUUAAAAAAAUUUUUUUGGCCUCAAGUUGAUCUCUGGUGGACGAUUCCUCUUGCCAUAAACAUUCACUAGGAAUGGAAAACAGUGACAGUCGAUACUCUUCAAAAUGUCUGGCAGCUUAUAAAUAGUCAACAACUCUCCAUGAAAAAUCAAUGAAGUGAAUCAUUUUGAAACAAUUUGCCAGAGAGAUCCACUACACAACCUGCCACAUUAUUUAUUAUUAUUACUAUUAUUAUUAUUAUUAUUAUUUUUAUCAUUAUUAUUAUUAUUAUUAUUAUUAUUAUUAUUGCUGUUUCAUGAAACCACUUUCAUCACGAAUGUUGUUAAUUAUCACUGUUGUUAAUUAAUCACCCCACAUUUUAUAUUACUGGAGAUGGUCCGUUUGUUGACAAAUUCAUUUGUAAAAUUGAUUCUUUGUUCAUUUUUUCCCCCUUUUUUAAAAAUAAAUAAACUGAUUUUUGAUAAAUCUUUCAAUAUUCUGGAUAA